GUUUGAGCCGCUCGUUCGGGGACGACCUGUGCCAGUGCGGUGCUGGAGCGAUUGCUUCUUGUUCGAUCCGCUCCCGGUGCGGGAGCUCACUGAGGCCAUCGCUCGAACCAAGAUGCUGGCGGACAUCGCUGGCGAGGAUAUCGAGGUGGACGACGCCGAGGUGUGGGUCAUGUCAGACAUGUCGCACCUUCGGUGUGGUGAGCAGGCGGAGCUGGGCAUCCUGGGCGACGCUGGGCGAGCCCCGUUCCGGGAGAUCAAGGGUGUGGUUCAGCUUGAUGUGAACGACUCGACCUCGGAGGUGCACGUUCAAAGGGUCAAUCUCCACGACCUGGCCGACUGGAAAAGCCGAGUCGGAGGCGGGGGAGAUCUGCGGCUCCUCGGCACUUGCCGGGCCACGGGUGGCAAGCGGUUCCUGCCGGCCAAGGAGGCCGUGGGCAGGCUCGAGGAGACGAAGUUCGAUGACUUUCCCUUUGCCGACCCUCGUGCUGUCAAAGAGUACCGACGGCUCGCGCUGCGGCUCGGUCUCACGUGCGAUCAGUGCAACCUGGCAAACUCGGCGAUGGGUGAGCAGUUCGUCAGGCGGCUCAUCCAGCACGAGCUCGCAGUCGAGAAGGGCUCGAAACAUCCAGGCAUCAGCGGGCCUGGGUGCAUGUUGGCUGGCUCGACCGAGGACAAAGGGGGGGUCGCCGUGCCCAAGUUCGCGAAGUGGAUCGCCGAGAAGCAGCACCAUCGGGCCUUCGCCCUCAAGCAGUCGCGCUUGCUGCGCGAGGAGGGGGCGGCUGACGAGAAGAGGCGCGGCCCCAAGGGUUCCAGGGAUAACUCCAAGGGCGGCGAGGCUGACGCC